AUGAGUAAUUUUACGAAAGUUAUCAAAACUACGCCUAUCACUGAUGAUUAUGAUAUCUCCAACACCGUCCUCGGUCUUGGCAUCAAUGGAAAGGUUCUAGAAUGUAAAGAAAAGAAGACAGGCGCCAAGCGUGCCCUGAAAGUUCUUCACGACAACACCAAGGCUCGUCGAGAAGUUGAGCUGCACUGGAGAGCACGCGGAUGUAUUCACAUUGUCCAGGUCAUAGACGUAUACGAGAACACAUACGGCGGCCGAGGAUGUCUGCUAGUGGUAAUGGAGUGCAUGGACGGAGGUGAGCUGUUCCAGAGGAUACAGGACAACAGGGAGGGCGCUUUCACUGAGAGGCAGGCAGCUGAGAUUAUGCAUUCAAUUUGUGUCGCCGUACGUCACCUACACGACUCAAACAUCGCCCACCGCGAUAUCAAGCCAGAAAACUUACUGUACACCAGCCAGGAACCGAACGCGAUACUCAAGCUGACCGAUUUCGGGUUUGCCAAGGAGACUUUGAGCCCUGCUGACACCCUACAAACUCCUUGUUAUACUCCUUACUACGUCGCACCAGAGGUCCUGGGCCCUCAGAAGUACGACAAAUCUUGCGACAUCUGGUCGUUAGGCGUGGUGAUGUAUAUCCUACUGUGUGGGUUCCCACCGUUCUACUCCAACCAUGGUCUCGCCAUAUCGCCCGGCAUGAAGAAGCGCAUCAGACUGGGCCAGUACGACUUCCCAGAGCCGGAGUGGUCCAACGUAUCAUCAGAAGCUAAGAAUCUCAUCCGUGGUAUGCUCUCCGUAGAUCCAGCCAACAGAUUAACCAUCCAACAAGUGAUGUCAAGCCCAUGGGUCCGCCAGUACACGCAGGUGCCCCAAACCCCGCUGUACACGCACACGCUGCUCCGUGAGGGUGGGGAGGUGUGGGCCGACGUCCAGGACGAGAUGACACGCUCCCUCGCCACCAUGAGAGUCGACUACGAUCAGGUCCAAAUCAAAACACUAGAACAGAGCAACAACUCUUUGCUCAACAAGCGGCGGAACAAAGUUGGUGCCUGA